CGUAGAACAUUUCUUGCAUUUUUUUGAUUACUCCAUUUUUUGGUGAGAUAAUUUUUUUAUUCGAUCAAACUAACUAUUCAUCGUAUAACUCCAACAUUAAGACAGAUCAAAUCAACAUCAAUACCUAGAUAAAUAUAAUGUCCAAUCCAGAAAACAAAGGUAAGGAAGAUGGCCAUGUGGGUACAGGCACCACCCCAGAUCAUUCGAAGUCUUCAAAGAUAUUUGCUAGACCAAAUCAACCAAGGUUACCGAGAGCCGGAAUUGAAGCUGUACAUGUAAAUCAAGCUAGAGAAAUGGUAAGAUUACAUACUAGUGGAAGAUUGCCAUCAGGUCAAGCUAGUGGUUCUGUUCCUCAUCCUCAUGUAAGUUCUACUUCAUCACAAUUCACUGCAACUUCUAAUAUAACGCGUACCUCUGGUAUUCCCCAACAUCCAUCAUUAAUAUCAAAGACUACCACAACGACAACAAGGACGAGUUCAUCUAUAAUGAGUUCUUCAUUCCCGAGUACUAGUAGUAAUAGACAUAAUAAUCAUAAAGGUGCUUCUGUAUCAGUUCCAGCCAUUGCUCACGAUGGCGAAUGUAAUAAUCCCUCAUGUGAACAUUGUGGAGGAGUCAUCAUCCCAGCUCCACAAGCAUCAUUCCCAAUUGAAGAUCGUCCAUCGAUAACCAUUAAUGAUUGGAGUAUAUAUACCGUCAAGAAGCCAAUACUAAAUUCUCAAGAAUUGGAUGAUUUAAGUGAACAUCGGUUUGAUUUCCCCUUACCAGAAAUGAUAUUUGGGAAUAAUUUCGUAAGGAUUAUAAAUGAUAAAACGGGUGAAGAAAUUGAAUUCAAUGCAUUGGAUGCUUUAGAUUCAUUAGAUCCUGAUUGUAAAUUUAAAGUAAGUUAUCAUGAAGAAUGGUUAGCAUCCCGAAAAUCGAAAUCAUCAAAUUCAAGUGAAAAAUCAGAAAAGGCAUUAAAAGAGAAUUCUACCAAAGAUAUAUCUACAUUCACCGAAAACUUAGAUACGUUGAAACCUUAUGAUUGGACUUAUUCACCUAAUUAUAAAGGUCAUGUUAAGAAUUUAACCUUUCAUAAAUCCACUCAACCAAUUCCAAUUCAAAAACUAUUAAAACCAGAUCCGAUAUUAUUCUUUGAUGAAUCGAUACUAUUUGAAGAUGAAUUAGCUGAUAAUGGGAUAUCAAUGCUUUCCACUAAGAUAAGAGUAAUGCCUACAUGUUUAUUAUUAUUAUGUCGAUUUUUUUUAAGAAUUGAUAAUGUUAUAUUCAGAAUUAGAGAUACCAGAGUAUUCAUAGAUUUUGAAACCAAUCAAAUCUUACGAGAAUAUAAAGAACAAGAAUUCCCCUAUGAUGAAUUAUUAACUAUCGUUACUAGUAAUAAAAAUAAUAAUGAUCCCAAGAAAUUAUUAAGAGAUAUAAAUUGGGUGGCCCAAAAUAUACCGGUGAUUUCUACAGUUACGGAAUCCAAUAUAAAAGAUUAGUAUGUUAGAAGUGGUAAGUAGUAGAUUUCAAAUACAAUAUAUAUUCUUGUUUACCUUAACUGGUAGUUCCUUGUAGUUACAGCUCAUGUGCAUAUGUAAUCCACUUUUAACAGCCAAUUUGGUAUA